GCGCGGUCUGCAGACCCAGUGAGUCUGAGAGUCUGGCGGAGUGCCGAGGAGGAGAGGCAGCAGGCAGCGGUGGCAGAGAUGGGCUCACACCUCUGAAUCACAAGUCAACCUCCAGUCGCUCACACCUCAUCAAGGAAUCACACCCCCGUCAAGCAUCUCGGAGAUCUGGGGCGACUAUUUUUUGUUUGUUUGUUUGUUUUUGUUUUGUUUUUUUAUUUUUUUUGCUUGUGGUGCUGCUUAUAAAGACUGGCAGACUGAAGCUACCCUCCAGAAGAAAAAGGCAGGAGCGGGAAGGUUUACAGUUGCAUUCCGACGCUCAGCACUCCUCCUGUCGUCUCACCUGCACGGCCGGUGGAGAGAGGUCCGCUGCGAUAAUAAUGCAUCCAGAUAAGCACUUACCUGAACUGGUGGCCGAGAAAAACAGCUUGGACCCCUCCUUUGUGCAUGCAGUGCGCCUGCUUGCUGAAGAGAUUGAAAAGUAUGAAGGUGAUGAAUUGAGAAAAGAUGGUGACAUGAAGAAAUACCUCGAUAUCAUCAGCAAUAAAAAUAUCAAGCUCUCCGAAAGAGUCCUCAUUCCAGCCCAACAGUAUCCAAAGUUUAAUUUUGUCGGGAAGCUGCUGGGACCACGGGGAAAUUCCAUGAAGCGAUUACAAGAGGAAACGGGAGUGAAGAUGUCCAUCCUCGGCAAAGGGUCCAUGAGGGAUAAAGGCAAGGAAGAAGAAUUAAGGAAAAGCGGGGAGGCAAAAUAUGCCCAUCUGAGUAAUGAUCUUCACGUUUUAAUUGAAGUCUUUGCUCCACCUGGAGAGGCCUAUUCCCGCAUGAGUCAUGCCUUGGAGGAGAUUAAAAAAUUCCUAGUUCCAGACUACAAUGACGAGAUCAGACAGGAGCAACUGAGAGAGCUCUCCCUGUUGAACGGCUCUGACGAGUCGAGCAGAGGGAGGAGUGUGCAAGGAAGGACUGUACGACCUGCAACCACAAUAUCCGCCAGGGGCCACAGAGGCGCAGGAAGGAGUGCAGCAGCACCUCGGGGGACAGCGCCAGCGACACACGGCAAACUUCCCACACCUGUUUUAACAAGGGAGGUACAAGCGCCGAGAGCCAGGGGGUCAGCAGGGAGUGCUGGGUACAGGCCCCCGCUGUUAGCAGUCACACAUGAUUCAUAUGACGACUAUGGCUACGAUGAUGGAUAUGGUGGAGAAUAUGAUGACGAGAGUUACGAAGCCUAUGAGGAUAACUACAGCAAUCAGUCAAAGAGCAUUUCAGAAUAUUAUGAAUAUGGACAUGGAACCAAUGAUGAAUCCUACAACAACUAUGAGGAGGAGUGGGCGACUACCCGUCCCAGUCUCAAAGCCCCAGUUUUACGGCUGACAAGAAGGGGCUACAGAAAACAUCCCUAUGGUAGAUACUGAAGGUGCUCCAGAUAUGUGACCUCCAAUUUCAAACUAUUUCUAUAUUUUUUAAAUUCCUCAUAAAAUGUUGUAACACUUGUUUUUUUUUUUCCGUCUCCUUCAGAAAUUGAAAUAAAGAAUAAACCCAUAAAGCACAUAAAUCCACAAACUUUAAGAUUACUGGAGUACUGAUUUUAUUUAUUUAUUAAAGGACAGGGACAUUUUUUGAAAAAUACAGAGAGGAAAUGAAAAGAGACACUCAUCAUGUACAAGAAGGUUGUUCCUAAAAUUGGCUUUUUAAAUGCCCUUCAUUGCACCUCGGUACCCAAAAAGUGGUCAUUUCAGAGUUUGGACAUUAAACUACAGAUGUUUUAAGUCUCAGAUUU